AUGGCCGGUCCACCAAACCCAUUCGCUGGCUUGGCCCAAGCCCAAAACCAGAGAAAUGGAACCACAAACCGUGGAGGACGUGGAGGAAGAGGACGACUGUCGCCGUUCCAGCCUAAAAACCCGAAUGCGCCUCCGUCUACAACGGCGACAGCACCUUCAUCCGGUGACACCAAGCCCCGUGGCCGAGGACGAGGACGAGCUACGUCGACGAGGGGGUCUACGCGAGGUCGAGGAGGCCCGACGGGACAUGUAAACGUGUCGCGUAAUAAACCCGAGUCGAACGGGGCGUCUGAGUUGCCGUUUACGCAGCCGAAGUCGAAUAAAUGGAUUGCGCCGUCACCUUUUGGUGUCCAAGCUUCGCAGACAAAAUCGCCUUUUACUUCGAAUGGAUCGUUUGGGGCUCCGGGCUUUGGUGGAUUUGGGUCACAACAGGCUGCUACAACGAAAAAGCCAGCGGUGAAUGGUGCGAAGAGGGCUGUACCGGUUGAAGACGCUUCAGUUUUGAACAGUUACACUGAGCGCUACGAGCAGCUCAAACUUGAUAGAGCAAAGGAGAGGGAAUUGGCUAUCAAAAGGGGUCUCAUGGCGGAUCCCAAUCAACCCACCUCUCUGAAUCAAGCUAUUACUCCGGUUGGCACUUGCACGAGCAUGUGUCCCGACUUCGAGCGCGUCGAGCGCAUUGUUCAGAAGAUGGUGGAUAAGAGUGAAAAGUUUCUUCACCCAACGACAAAUUCGUUACAAUAUAUGGAGACGAAGAUGCUUAAGCGAUUUCGAAGAUCAGCUGCCGGUUAUGAUGAACAGCUUCCGUCCGAUAUUCGAACGCCCAAUACACUCCUUCAGACUACUAAUUACCUUAUUCGACAUGUCGUUGGAGGCCCUGAGCCACUCGGCUUGAUUCAUAAGUUUGUCUGGGAUCGUACUCGAUCUAUCCGGAAUGACUUUUCUGUGCAGCAACUUACCCAGGAAGACCAUGUCCGAACAGCAGUCACUUGUCUGGAACGAAUCGCACGGUUCCAUAUCCUUUCUCUUCACCUACUUUCCAGCCCUGCGAACGAGGAACCGUUCGACCGCCACCAGGAACGGGAGCAGCUUAACAACACCAUGCUUUCACUGAUGUAUUACUACGAUGACAACCGCGGUCGUAUCUCGUUUCCCAAUGAAGACGAAUUCAGGGCGUACUAUAUCAUCUUCUCCAUCAUGGACCAGAGACCUGAUUUGGAAGCGAGAGUACAGAAGUGGCCGGCCGAGUUACGGAACUCGAAUCGCGUGCAAGCAGCAUUGGAAUUGUUCGCUGCAGCCGGUAAUACCUGGGAUUACCAGGGAACGCUGGAUGCUCGACGGCCCAAUGCGAUUGCCCAAGGCUUCUACGCGCGGUUUUUCGAAAUUGUCGACUCCCCCGCCGUGUCGUAUCUCAUGGCAUGUGUCGCGGAGAUUUACUUUAACCACGUGCGACAGACGGCCAUCCGGUCGAUCUGGAAGGGAUACUGUCGCUAUCCGGCCUCCCAGCAGCACAAAAACGAGGAGUGGACGAUUGACGAGUUGACGACGGUGCUAUGUUUCGAUGACGACGAACAAACGAGAACAUACUGCGAAUCACAGGGCUUGCACUUCGCUGAAAACGCUAACGGCGACCUAUAUCUCAACUGGGGCAGCGAUCCCAUUGAAUCUGUUGCUUUCCAGCCGUCUUCGGAUCAUUCAUUCUCAGAAACUUAUGUCGAAUCGAAGCGUGCGGGUAGAAGCUUGGUCGCAGUUAUCCUCGGGCUGAGCAUCAAAGAAGCCGCUAGCAUGGGCAUGAUUGACAGCUCUGUGCUACCGCAACGAUCACUUGCUUUGCCAGCUCCCACUGGUCCAUCGACAACGGAGGAUGACUCCCUCUUCGUGAGCGAUGACGAGAACGAAAUCCCGGCACCUAGCGUUACGAUACCCAAUGAGAAACUGCCGACAUUUGCUCCGUCUCCGUUCGGGGGCUUCCCACAGUCAAGGGCCAAUGAGCCUCCGGCUGCGACGCAGCAAGUUGAACCGUUCAGUGGUGGGUUUUGUCAAGCUCCCGCAUUGUCUUCGCCGGCUUCCCUCAACCCUUUCGCCUCCCCGUUCACGCCUGCGCCGGCAGCGCCAGCUGCACCUAAUCCUUUCGCUCGUGGUUCGUCUUCAUUUGCACCUGUGACGAGUACGACCGUUGGAACAGGGGUUACACGAGCGCCUGGGCCCUUUUCUUUGUUCUCCCCAAGUCCAGAGGAGCAAAGUGCAUUCGACACGGCGCAGAACCCUUUUGCUACUAAACCUGCAGCUCCUGCUACCACGUCACCUGAGGUUAGGUUUCCUUCUUUCUCAGCUUCCGCUCCUUCACCGUCUAGUAGUUCGACAACUUUGACUUCUAAGCCGACUACUAGUGUUUUUCCUAGCACUUCUCAACCUGCCCUCGCUUCUUCACCAUUUAGUAUCUUCAAAACUCCGACUUCGACUGAACAGACUCCGGGAGUCGCUGCUGGACAGCCUCCCAAGAGCCUGUUUGAUACAGCUAAACCGCCUAGUUUCUCAGGAAGCACAGGCUCUUUGUUUAACCCUCCUGGUCCGAGUGCUGCUCCCAAAGAGCCUAGCACUCAGGCUCAGGCAAGUGUUUCGAAGCCCGCGCAAGAGACACCCUCAUUGUUCGCGCCGAAAGAAAAUGCACCGUCUAUCUUUUCGUCCAUCAAACCAGCCGCAACCACCACCCUAGCGAGCUCUAUAUCUGCGCCCAAGCAGGGUACGACUCCAAUGGAACGACCAAGUGUUCCGGAGGAACGGACAGCUGCUGAACCGGCCGAGCCCGUGCCUAAGCCGCUUGAUCAUGCGCCGCCUGCAGAGCCUAAGCGUGCGCCGUCGGUUUCUGAGAAUGUGAAGGAGUCCGCAAUCACGCCACCCCCGGCGCCGGAGCCAGAAGAGCCAGUGGUUGUGACUGAGGAUAUGUCAAUACCUGCUGAGCCUGCUAAACCUGUUGUGGACGAGGAAGCGUCUAUUGAUGUAGCGAAACGCGAUGCUUGGUUGAAGACUCUGAAAGAAGCCGCCUCCAAACGACGUGGAGAACAGCCUUCUGGUCGGAAACGGGUUCUCGAAGAACCAGAGGAGCCACGGCCGACCAGCAGUGGCCCCAAGGCGUCGAAGAUAUCCAAGUCUGAGGCGCCAACGCCACGCAAAACGUCAAUGGCUUUAUCGUCGAUCAAGCCACUACCCACGCUUCCCAUCCUGGAACAAGUCAAGUCAACGACCGCACGAAAACCCGCGGAAGCGGAAGCAGAGCUCAAACACAACCAAAUCGACGAAGACGAGCUUCUCUUAUCAGCAGCCCGCAUCGCUGCGGAGUCGUUACGGAGCGGUCCUCGUCUAUCAGACAGCUGGCCUGGUUAUUAUAAUCACACCGAACGGCCUCGCUCUUCGUUCAGCCCCGCAAGCAGCUUUUCCUCGUCCAUGCCCCCGCUCUCGGGGAGUCAAUCGCCUUCGUAUUCAUCUCACCACUAUGUCAAUGGACAUGAUCUCGCGCUUGCACCUGAUGCGGAUUUGGGAUUGGGUCGGAGUUUGUCUCGGACGGAACAAAGACUGCGACUUACCGGUGGUAAAGGACUGGCGUACAAGCCGUUGGACUUUACGCCGGAGAAGAAACGAAAUUCUUUCGGGAGGUAA